AUGCAGCUGGCCGCUGCAGCCACUACUGUAUCCAACUCACGCAGAACUCGUGUCCUCAGUAGAUUGGGCAUUGCGCCCAAGGACCUACUUGAGUUUCUUCCUGGCGUCCCCCAAUCGAACAAGCACUUGUUCGGGGGCGAGGUCGCUUCCCUGCUACAGGAAGAGAUUAAUGGACGCAAGCAGGCCUCUGAGCUUCUCAAGGACCUCAGAGCCUCGCGUCCGACGGCUCCACCCACGAAGAAGCCGGCCUCCAAGGCCCGUCCUUCCUCUCGUCCAGUGGUGCCCCCGUCUCAACCCCGUGCUCACGCUCCGUCGAACCGUAGAGCUCGCACUAGACCUCCAGUGAGUGCCUCACGUGGUGGUCGGGGUAGAGGCAGCCGGCUAAGCCCAAACAGUCUCUUUGACGGGUUUCCCCGAGCGCUGGGACCUGUCGGCGGGCGUCUCCGUCAUUUCCUCCCUGCUUGGGACGAAAUAACGGACGACGCAUUCAUCUUAUCCGUCGUGCGAGAUGGCUACUAUAUCGAUAUAGAGGCCUUCCCGCACGGCGCGAUUCGAUCCGCCCCUUUGACCGUCUCCCCUCUUCAUCAGCGGUACAUCGAAUCAGAGAUCGGUGCUCUGCUGGAGAAGGAGGCAAUCGAGAGGGUCACAGACAGUCCUCAUCUCUGUCUCUCCUCUAUCUUCGUAGUCCCCAAGCGCUUGGGGAAACUCAGGAUGAUUCUGAACAUGAAAAUGAUCAACGAAUUCAUCCAGCCAGACCAUUUCAGAAUGGAAACACUGGCUUCGAUCCUCCCGUCUCUGAAGGCAUUGGAUUGGGCUGCCUCACUAGACCUCAGAGACGCCUACUUCCACAUUCCCAUUCAUCCCGCCUCGCGGGACCUUCUGGGUUUUCGCUUCAAAGAAACAGCUUACAGAUACCGGGCAAUGCCUUUCGGCCUACGCCUGGCACCCAGAGUUUUCACUCGGGUGGUCACCGCAGUGGCCGCCCACCUGAGAAAACAAGGUCUAAGACUCUUCGUUUAUCUCGACGACUGGUUACUGGUCGCAGACUCAGAGGCCAAACUUCUGUCCCACCUAUCCCUUCUUCUGCGGGUCACCCAGAAGCUGGGAUUCAUAGUGAACUGGGAGAAGUCGGAUCUCUUACCCUCUCGCAGUCCCACUUAUUUGGGCGCGGUUCUAGACCUGCCAAACCAGAUCGCCAGACCAAGCCCGGACAGAGUUCAGGCAAUCGUCUCGUUAGCUCGCGCUCUCAGAGCGAGCAGCUCUGUGAAAGCUCGCACAUGGUUGAGACUCCUCGGGUACAUGGCAAGCCUCGUCGACAUUCUUCAGGAUUGUCGCCUGCUCAUGAGACCCUUUCAGAGAUACCUCUUGCGUUAUUUCAAACCGAACGCAGACUCUCUGCUCCUCCGGAUUCCCCUGUCUCGGGAAAUCCGUCUCAAUCUGGCCGCUUGGACACACACGUCCUUUGUAGCGAAGGGCAAGCCCUUCCGUACCCCCCUUCCAUCAGCCGCUCUGACCACAGAUGCGUCGCUUACGGGAUGGGGCGGCCAUUGUGCAGGGGAAAUGGUCUCGGGUGUUUGGUCGUUCCAUCACACCUUACCCCAUAUCAAUGUGUUGGAGAUGAAGGCUGUCAUUCAAUCCCUUCAACAUUUCCAACACAGGUUAGUCGGUCGAACGGUCCUGAUUCGCACAGACAACAAGUCGGUGGCGGCUUAUAUCAACCGCCAGGGCGGUACCCGAUCGAGCUCUCUCAACGCCCUCGCUGCGGAGCUUUGGGAGUGGUGCCGCCGUGCGAAGAUCGUUCCAAUUGCCUCGUACAUUCCAGGCAGCGACAACCUGAUAGCUGAUUUCUUGUCCCGGGGCCGGUGCCUACCAUCCGAAUGGUCGCUCCACCCGGAGAUUUUCCAGUCUCUCCAAGCCCUCUGGGGGCCCCUGGAAAUAGACUUGUUUGCCACGGCUCUCAACCGGAAGUUACCGACGUUCUGCUCUCGUGUCAACGAAACAGAAGCAACUUCCCUGGAUGCAUUCUCCAUUCAUUGGGGGGAUCGGAGGUGUAUUGAGGAAAGUGAAGGAAGACCAAGCCUGGCUUCUUCUAGUGGCCCCCAAUUGGCCAAGGCGGUUCUGGUUUCCACAGCUCCUAGAACUGUUGGAGGGGGACCCGUUCACUCUCCCCCUGAGGUCAGACCUAGUUUCUCAGCCUCUAUCGGGGAUCUUGCAUCCUCGGCCAGCGGUCCUCCACUUGACCGCAUGGCCGUUAUCGGGCAGGACGCCAGAGCGUUAGGCCUUUCUGAUCGUGCCUCUGAAUUGGUGAUUCAAAGUCGGAGAAACUCGACUCUUGAUCUUUACAAUUCUCGCUUGGGCCGAUUCUCAGACUGGUGCGCCGCGCGGUCUGUUGACCCUCGCAGCGCUUCCCUCGCCUCCAUUGCUGAUUUCUUUGUUCACCUUUUCGACAUCGGUCGUUCGCUUUCCACCAUUAGAGGCUUCCGGUCGGCCAUUGCCGCUUUCCAUUCCGGAUUCCCAGAUGGUUCCAACGUCUCUAAUUCCAGUCUUCUUUCUAGACUGAUGAGAGCGUUUUUCUUAAAGCGACCUCCGAAGAAAAGUCUGGCUCCUUCCUGGAGCCUCCCGGCUGUGCUUAAUGCCUUGGCUAAGCCUCCUUUUGAACCUCUGGCCAAGAGUUCCUUGCAUGACUUGUCUAUCAAGACUGCCUUUCUUAUCGCUGUAACUUCCGGUCAAAGACGCAGCUCUUUUCACGCUUUGUGUAUUUCUCCCGGUCACAUCCGGUGGGAACGGCGUGGAGUCCGCUUGAUUCCAAACCCGUCCUUCAUUGCCAAGAACCAGACUGCCACCUCUGGUUCGAUUGAGUUCUUCCUAGCACCCCUAUCAGAUCUUUCCUCAGUUUCGGAAGACAAGGUCUGGUGCCCAGUCAGGGCCUUGAAGUGGUACCUGGAAAGAACGAAGACGCUUCGCAACUCUGAUCAGUUGUUUGUUACGUCACGCGAGCCGUAUGCGGCAGCGUCGCGAGACACCAUCUCCCGCUGGAUCGUUGAUGGGAUCAAAUCAGCUGGUGAUGAUGCUCUCCUUUCUGACACUAGGCCGAGAGCCCAUGACACUCGAAGUAUCGCCACUUCCUGGGCUCUUUUUAAUGGAGUCGCCUUGGACGACAUUCUAAGAGCUGCCUUUUGGCGCUCUUCUAACUCCUUUACUUCCUUUUAUUUAAAGGACAUUCCUUCGGGAGAGGCCUUAUUUGCCUCCUCUGCUCUCAAAGCAGCGGCCCCCGUGUCUUAG